UAACAGGAGAAGUUUUCUCUUUUGUAACUAUACACUGCCAAACCAGAUAUUUUUCAAUUCGUAAUGUUAAUGAUUCAGCUAAUUGCCUCAAUCGGACUUCGUUUUCAGUGACUAGUUUCAAGUGAUACGUUACGUUUUUUUAAAGACUCAGCACGACGAUCGUAUCACUGGAAAUUAUACACAAAAAUAGCUAGCCUGAUACUUUGGUGUGGACAUCAGCCCUCCAAAUACAUUUCUAUCUCACUGUUUGACAACUGCAGUUGAAACUGGUUAGUUUCAAAAUAGAGUAUUUAUCUUACUGUCAAAAUGUUCUCAUAUCUGUGUGUACCCCAUAUAGAAGCAAACUAUCAUAUUUAUGCAACACAUGCAUGCACAUUAUAAGCUUCCUAAUAUCAAUUCCUUUCAGUAGAGGGUCAGCGAUGUAGUCAUCGCGUUACUUGUUAUAUUAAUCAUUUUAGCAGUGAAUAUAUCUCAACUUUUCUGAUUCGUCACUCGUCGUUAUGAUCGACACUAGUUUUUAGCAUAUACAUAAACAUUUUAUAGACAUUAGUUUGAUGGAACACGGAGUGGAAAUGAAAAACAUGAGUCACAUACACUUUAUCAUGUUCCUUUGAGAAUAGUAACAACGAUGGUUUUUUGGCCAUAUAGUAGAUAAGCGGAUAAUAUAACAGUCAUUAUCGAAGUGAGAUACUCGUUGUCUAGUAAAUCGUUCUGAAAUUUCCUUUGGGCAAAACAAUGCCUGAUCGAGCAAGAAUCGUGAAGCUGCUUGUUUAUAAAUUUACCCAAAGACAAACUGCAGACUAUCACCGAUUGCGAACAAAUCCACCUGACGAAAAAAUCGCCGAUUAGUUAUUGAAACUAAUUGACGAUGUUUCCAGCUGUGUUUGUUACGAGAUUGCGAUGUUGACGAAGAGUUUCCGGAUUCAGACGAUGAAACUCUCGAUCCUAACUUUGAAGAGACUGAAGAAGACAAACUAUCGACAAAUGAUAAUUUUAGUUUGAAUUUCAUGAAAAAGGUAGUUGAAUUUUACGAUGCUCGUUAUUCGACUGGAAGAAAAAGACAUACAUGGAAGUCGACAAAACAUCGAUUGAGUACUGUUCCUCAUCAGGAAUAUAUGACUGGUUUUCGUCAUUACAUUGAACAGCAUGGUACAAAACGGGAAAAACUGAACAUCAUUGGCGACUUUGUUUAUGACAAGUUUGAGGAAGCUCGAGAACGUGUUCUGCCAGUCAACGAUCAUGAUUUGAGGCGAUGGGCGCUUUAA